ACACGUCAGUCGGUCGGUGUCCGGUCGCCCCGUUUUGCAGUCGAAAACAGCACAAUAACAGCAAGGAUAUCCUUUUCGAGGAUUCUACAUCGCCGUAGAAAGUAGCCUUUACCGUUUGCUAACACGUAGAAUCAGUAACGCAGGAGCUGUGCUAUUACGCUUCGACAACCGGCAACGCGGCUACGUGUUCCUCUGUUUUCUCUUCGCGGAAUACACAACCGUACUGUUCUGCUGUGAGGCUACAAACAUAUCCAAACUGCGUGUUGUACGUGCCAGCAACCAUCUACCCUCCCUGAUAGACCACCAAAGUAUACACACAGUGACACCAAGGAGUAAGCCAAAAAAUGAACAUCUUUCGAUUGGCUGGGGACUUGUCACAUUUGCUGGCAAUCAUUCUGCUGCUGAUAAAAAUAUGGAAAACCAGAUCGUGCGCAGGUAUUUCCGGCAAGUCGCAGAUUCUGUUCGCCAUCGUCUACAUUAGUCGCUACCUGGACUUAGUGACGACGUUCAUCAGUUUAUACAAUACUUUCAUGAAGCUGGUCUUCAUCAGUGCUGCAGUUGCGACAAUAUAUCUGAUGUAUGUGAAAUUCAAGGCGACAUACGAUCAUAAUCACGACUCGUUCCGCAUCGAAUUUCUACUUAUACCGUGUUUCGUGCUGGCCCUGCUGAUCAACAAUGCUUUUACCCCGCUGGAGAUCCUGUGGACGUUUUCCAUCUAUUUAGAAGCUGUGGCUAUUCUGCCACAACUGUUCCUGGUUAGCAAGACCGGCGAGGCGGAAAGCAUUACCAGCCAUUAUCUCUUUGCUCUCGGCUCGUAUCGUGCACUCUAUUUGCUAAACUGGAUCUAUCGAUACUACGCAGAAGGACACUACGAUCUGAUUGCUAUAUUUGCCGGCGCCAUACAGACGAUCUUGUACUGCGAUUUCUUCUAUCUCUACAUCACGAAAGUCUUGAAGGGCAAGAAGCUUCAGUUACCAGCGUAAAUCGGUUGGAAGAGAGUAACAACAAUGUAUUGGACCGUUUUCGCCGGUUGGAUUAAUCUUCCUUUCACUUCGUGUGGUGGUUUACGAGAGAUACGAAAAAACCGAUAGCAUUAAGCAACACAGUAAUGUGCGGAUCUUUCAAAUCAAUUUCAGACACACACUGGAUACAAAACAGAGUUUUCUCCACAUCAGCAUCAGUGUCGUGACUUAACCUAAGGUUUUGUUUUAACAUUAUCAUGUCAUUCUCUUUGUAUUUUCCUGGCCAUCAAGCGGCCUUGCGGUAUGUUGAAAAAGCGAAACCCUGUCCCGCGGUGUGAAAUGAUGCGAUUGUGAGGUUGAAAUAAAAGCGAUUGCGAAAAACAAAGCAAAAUUAUAAUAUUAUUAGACUAUACUAUUAGAACAAUUAGCAUGCAAGAUUCACUUUCAAUAAACGAAAAGAAAAAAAAGUAAAAACUAAAUUGUUCAACCGUUCUUGUCAGUUA